GGGAGGGAUAGUGAAAAAGACUAGAAGGGAAGAGACUCUUAUGAGACUCUCUUAUUCCUGGGAGCAACUGUGACAGGUCUCGUGAAAGGAUCUUUGGUACGUUUGCUUUGUGAGCAAGCAAACAAUGGUGGAUGUCUUUUCUUGCUCUCAGCAGCUGUGAGAAGAGGAGGGCUGCAUAUUCAGGCAAGGGCUCACUGAGGCUGCACUGCGCAAAGAUGGGAGCAGCUAUGACAAUGGAGCUUUUUCAGCAGCUUGGAUCUUAAAGGGGAGAAUUGCAGAAUUUGGCAAAAGGGGUAGGAAGACUGUAGUCUGUUAGUCUCUCUUCGGAAAAAGGUAAGAAUUUAUGUGAAGGCAGAUGUGACUACAGACUGAGCCCAUGGCAUCAGGGCAGCCCGUUUCCACACACCUUACAGGGUCUAUGUCCACUGGAGUGGCUCAGAUGCCCCAGGAGGAAGAGGAGGAUGAAGAAGAUGAGGAGCAGGGUGAGAAAUUUGAGUUUGGCAGUGUUAGUGACGAAGACGAGCACAAUGCGGCAGGAAGCACUGGAGGAAGUGAGGAUUUAGGACUUUCCCUUGCUGGAGCUGGGCUUCCAGAAAUGUCUGGGAAGGACAUCUUGGCCACAAAUAAGCUUUACAGUGAAGCAAAGAAGAACGUCUCAGUGCUUCAUUGUCAGGAAAUUAAUGGAGGGACCUCUGCUGGUCAAGAGGACCAAACCAUUCCUCAUCAUUCACACAUUUCACACCCAGAUAUGGUAGCCAGACAGUCUCCUGAUGGGAGUUUGGUUUCAGCUGAACAACAAGUCACUGCUAACACGCAGGCUGCAUGGAAAAAAAACACCAUAUUUGAAGAAAAACUCGAUGUUGAAGUUAAGGGGAACUUGCCCUCGCCCCUCCCAGAGGUGGACCUAGCUCCUUCUCAUGAAUCAGAGGUGAUCUAUGAUGAUGUCCCAUGUGAGAACAGCAUCUCUUCUGACACAGGUGAUGAUCUGAUCUAUGAGGAUGUACAGAGGCCCGAUGAGUCAGCAGUGAUACUGGAUAAUGGCUGGAGCUCCAGCGAGUUUGAGAGUUACGAUGACCAGUCGGACACCGAGACCAAGCUGCCAACCCGCAGCAAGAUUCCUCCAGAUGUAAGGCGCCUAAAGGAGCGUUGUGUCCGGACCAAGCGUGAACUGGCCAUGCGCUUAGGGGCUCGAGACGUCAGCCAGAUCAAACAGACCUAUGACAUCAAGGUUCAGCAGCUCAUGAAAGCUGCUCGGAGUGGCACUAAAGAUGGACUGGAAAAGACGAAAAUAGCCAUGAUGCGCAAAGUCUCCUUCCUGAACAAAAAAGAAAACACAGGUGCAGUUGAUGAGGAAGAUGAUUCUGGUUACCUGGAUGUGACUGUUUCUGAUGUGAAGCACCCACCACCUCAGCUUAGUCCCAUGCCAGAGGGCCUCAAUAGCCAACAGAUUGUACGACGUCAUAUUCUGGGUUCCAUUGUUCAGAGUGAAAUAAGCUACUUGGACUCCCUCAAAAGAAUCCUACAAGACUACCAGAAGCCUUUGCUGGAUGCUGAGCCUCGUAUCCUAAGCCCCAAGAAAAUCCAGCCCAUUUUCUACCGGCUCAAAGAAAUUCUGCAGUGUCAUGCCAUGUUCAGGAUCGCCCUGGCCUCCCGCGUGGCCGAGUGGGACUGCACUGAGACCAUCGGGGACCUCUUUGUAGCCUCAUUUUCAAAGUCGAUGGUCCUAGACGUGUACAGUGAUUAUGUCAACAACUUCACAAAUGCGAUGGCAUUAAUCAAGAAAGCCUGUAUGUCUAAGCCAGCAUUCUUGGACUUUCUCAAGAAGAAGCAGGCUGCCAGCACAGACAGGAUCACCCUUUAUGGUCUUAUGGUGAAACCAAUCCAGCGUUUCCCUCAGUUUAUACUUCUCCUGCAGGACAUGCUGAAGAACACACCGGCAGAGCACCGUGACAGGCUGCCGCUGCAGCUGGCCCUGACUGAGCUGGAGAUGCUGGCGGAGAAGCUGAAUGAGCAGAAGCGAUUAGCUGAGCAGCUCUCUGAGAUCCAGCAGCUAGCACGGAGCAACAGUGACCGUGCCCUCAGCAAGCAACUGAAUUCGGAACAGAAACAGUUAAUUCUUUGUGAAACGCUGAUCGAGACUGUGUAUGGGGAGAAGGGGCAAGUUCUCAAGUCCAAAGAACGCAAAGUCUUCCUCCUCAAUGAUAUGCUUGUCUGUGCAAACAUCAAUCUCAAGGGCCCUCCAGAUAUUGGCAGCCUGGUGCCGGUAGGUCCGAAGUACAUGGUGAAGUGGAGUGCCCCACUGCACCAGGUGCAGGUGGUAGAAGUGGGGCAGGAGAACCCCCCAAACAAUGACACUUUUUACCAAACGAGCAGCUCCAGACGCCACACGUUCUCCAACACUCAAGGGAAGCUCUUUUUGGGGCCGCCCAGACUGUAUCAGGAGCUGCAGGAGCUACAGCAUGACCUGUCAGUGGUGGAGGAGGUCACGCUUCUGGUGGGAACUCUUCAGGGAGCCUAUCAGAAUCUUAACACCACUGUGGCGCAGGACUGGUGCCUGGCUCUGCACAGGCUCAUCCGCAUCAAAGAGGACGAGAUCCAGUGUGCCAACAAAUGCCGCCUCCGGCUCAUGGUGCCUGGGAAGCCUGACAAGUCUGGGCGUCCAGUCAGUUUCACAGUCCUUUUCAAUACACCCAGCCCCAUCAGUAAAAUUUCUUGGGUCAAUCGUUUGCAUCUAGCUAAAAUUGCUCAAAGGGAAGAGAACUUGCCUGGCUGGGUUUGUGCAGAAGAUGAUGAGAAGACUAAGCCUCCAUUCUGGUGCCCGCUACUAGCCUGCCGUGUGCCUGUGUUCUCUCCGAAAGCACAAGAUCAGAAGCUACAGACAGCCCUUCACAAUCCAGUCCAGUGUGCUUUACUGGGGUUCUCGGCAGCCAGUACCUCUCUACCUCAGGGCUACUUCUGGGUGGCAAGUGGUGGAAAUGACAGUCAUGGGCAGAUGGAGAUCUUUUCCCUGAACAGACCCAUGCCACGCUCCGUGAAGAGCUUCCCUCUGGGCUCCCCUGUUCUGAGCCUCGAGUAUGUGACGGAAUUGAGUGCUGAAGAGGAAGAGGAGCAGCCCAAGGAAUGUCCUGCCAGAAUUGGAAGCACCAUCUGUGUGGGGUUACAAAAUGGCAACAUCCUAGUUUAUGGCAGCGUGGACACUGCCGCUCAGUGCCUCCUGACAUUCCGUAAUCCUGAUGGUUGUCCUGUCCUGUGCCUAAAACACUCUGCAAAUUCCCUCUUUGCUGGACUGACUAAUGGCAAAGUUGUGGUUUAUAGCAGAAAGAAUGGAGAAGCAUUGUGGGACCCAGACUCCAGCAGAUUAGUAGUGGUUGGAAAUGCACCUGUGCUCAAACUCCUCAAGACAGAUGACUGUGUGUGGGCCAGUUGUGCAAACCAGGUCACUGUCAUCAAGGUCUAUGAUUUCAGCACACAGAGCUUUGAAGCUCACCCGGACCCGUUGGUGAGUGUGACACACAUGGUGCUUGCAGGGGGAGGGGUGUGGAUGGCGUAUUCCGAGGGCUCCUCACUUCGCCUCUUCCACACAGAGACUCUGGAGCACUUGCAGGAGAUCAACAUCUUGACACGCUCUGCCUACUUGAGUUCAGGUCAAAAGACUGUGUGCGUCACCAGUCUGCUCAUCUGCCAAGGUCUGCUGUGGGUUGGUACUGCCCAGGGCAUUAUUGUGACGCUUCCAGUUCCCAAAUUGGAGGGCAUCCCUAAAAUAACAGGCAAAGCUAUGACCUCCCUCAACGCUCACAAUGGCCCUGUGGACUUCCUGGUGGCCACCACAAGCACGCUUUCCCCAGAUUUGCUUAAGCGGGAUUCUCUGGUGGAUGCAAUGAACUCAGGCAAUGGAGCGGAGGACAGAGAAAGGUGCCACUCAUCCCAGGAGUCCCUGCAGCAACAGCAGGCUGAUGGCUCUCCUCAGCAGGAGGCCAAACCCAGAGGGGUGCUGCUGCAGUACCGGCUGCGCUCCAUCUCCCAGCUGCCAGGAAAACUCCUGACGGCCCAACCUGAGGAGGCCUCCAGCUCCUCCCAGGAUUCUCUGGAGCACUCAGUGGAGGAUGGCUCCAUCUAUGAGCUGAGUGAUGAUCCUGAGGUUUUGGUCAGGGGCCCUGGGCCAGCUGCCAAGGAGGGAACGCACAGAGAGAGGGUUAUUUCAGCUGCCGUUAUAUCAGGUGGACGGGGGUUCCGCAGGCUAACCGUGGCUGGCUCCUCCACCUCUAGCUCCUCUGGGGCCAAUGAGAGUAUGCUUAUGGUCUGGCAACUCCCACUCACUGUCUAAAACAUUGAUGAGUACUAAAAGAUGCUGACUGUUCUCUGCAAGAUGGAGCACUGAAGAUACACUGGAGGACAGAUCGACUGCAUGCCUGCAUUUGUAUGGCUUAAGCUGUUAUCCAAAAUUCUUUUAAUCAGUGUUGCCUGCCUUUGCUUCCUACUAGUUCUGUUUUUUCCAUAUUUCUUCUCCAACUGUGUGCUGUGAAGUCAAUCCUCUCUUAGGAACUUCUACUCUGGGACAAAGCAGGGUCAUAAUUGGCUCUUGGUAGGUGAUGUCUUACAGAAAAGGAUCUGGGGCUCCUGGGGCCUAAAGGUUCACUCUAACUGUGGGAGAUUGUGACUUUGAGGGAUGGUUGUUGCACUGUCAGGAUUCAAAAUCACAAUUUCCCUAUGAUGCUUAAUUGUCCCUGCUCUUAGCAUGCAUAGGAUGUCCUUGGUUUCCUCUUCCUCUAUUGUAAUGCAAUGCCAGCCAAUUGUGGCCUCCUGCUAGGUCACGUAUACAAACCAGGCAGUAAUCGAUCUCCUGCAAAUGCAUUCAGCUGUCUUCUGAUGCGCAAGUGGCAGCUUUAUGUGUCUUGGAGAAAGCAUACUCAAACCAGUAUCUAUUGAACUUAUCUAAUAGUGGGUGGGAAUUAGCAUUGACUAAAUUAAGAGAGAACUGGGUAGAUAUAACAACACCCCCCCCCCCAAACAAACAAACAAACAAAGAAGUCUCUACAAAGAAGAGAAUCUCGUUGUGUUUUGACAUGUUCUACAUUACACAUAGUGCAGUAUUUUGUCUCCAAGUUCAUGUAAUAGUGCAGGAUCAACAUAAUACACAGUUUAAUAUAUAUUAAAAUAAACCUUAUAAUUUCAAAACAUCAAAUAUGAUUGAAUAUGAUUAUGUGCCCACACUGCAUGAAGUUGUUCUUUUGGAUAGGAUGCAGAAUAUGGUCAUUGUGAACAUAUAAAGGGUUGUGAUCUGUCUAGUCUCUCACUUAAUGGAAAAGGGGUAUUUUAAUGUAAAAACAAUAUGGUGUAUAUAGUAGCAGUGCAAAGCAAAAGAAUGUCAAAAUGUUAGUCAUUCUAUUUUGAUUGUGUUUUUAUUUUACAUUAGUCCAGAAUGUGAAAAGGCUAUUCAUGAGUAAGGACAAAGGGUUUUGGUGUAGUUUAGGCUCUUGUUUUUGAUGGUACUUAUUUUACACUGUGUCACUUUGUUAAAGAAAGCAAACAGAACAAAUAAAUCAUGUUUACUAUAAUGCA